UAUUUGCCGGCCAGUCAGAAGUUUGUUCCCAUCAAAGUGUGUGGUGUUACGCACUCACACCAAUAAUAACUAAAAUAACUUUUCAUUCAAAAAAUGUAAAUCCCCACACUUGUAAUCUUUAUUUUUUUCAUUAAUUUAUUUAUUUAUUUCUGUACAGAUAGUAGUGUUAUAUUUGAAUUAAUUAUCAAACAUGUUUGUCCAGUCAUAAAUAAAUUGGUGUGUAGUGUGUGUGAGAAGGAGUACCUUAAAAAAUCGCGUCCAAUGUGUCCUGCAGUAGCUUAUGAAAUGUUGGUGGCACACAGUCCGCCGGUGUUUAGCCACAGCCCUCCAACAGGAUAUCUUUCCGACUACACUUCUUCGUUCCGUUUCAACGUUGACCACAUCCCACGACCCUGUCGAAUAGUUGCUGCACCGUCUACAACCCAGACUUUACCUAACAAAAGUUUCGUCAAAAAAAUGCCUGCUUCCCCAAAACGUCCAUGUCUGGUUAUACGACCUGACGAUACUUCUGUUUGCAACGACGAAGACCCCACAAGUCCCACUCGGCUUAAAAAGAAAGUGGUGUUUGCUGAUGAUAAGGGCAUGUCUUUGACGCAUGUUCGAGUCAUGACGGAACCUUCGAACGUGCCACCGCUUUGGAGUUACAGAUUUUUGGCGGAGGUCACACAAGGACUUUCAGCUGAACCGGAAGUGGUGGACGAACCCUGGGAGAUCACGUUUCCACAGCCAGCGUCCGAUUACGUACAGUUUCGGAAGACUUUGGAAACAAAGAAGGUGUCGUUGGAGAAUGUAAUCGUCAAAGAGCCCGAAGACCUCAUUGUGGGAACGGUGAAAGUGAAUAAUAUUUCGUUCCAAAAAGAAGUCAUAGUUCGCAUAUCUUCUGAUAACUGGAAAACAUUUGAGGAUGCUUUUUGCAACUUUGUUCCAAAUGCUGGUUCUUCCAUGAGUCCUGCCUACGUCUUAUACGACACUUUUUCCUUUAAAAUACCUUUACGUCCAAGAGCGAAGAAAGUAGAAUUUUGUGUAUGUUUCCGUUGCAACGAGAAUGAAUACUGGGACAACAAUGAUGGAAAAAAUUAUAUAAUAAUGAAGAAAAUUCAAGACCAACAAAGAUAUAAAACUUUCACAGAGGAAGAUUUUUAUAAGAGAACACAAGAGACUGAUUCUUCAGUUACAUCGAAAUGUACUGAUGCCAUACAAGCUAAACUUGAUUCAUGGUCUGAAUUCGCCAGUUGGACACAUCUGGACAAUUCGGGCCCUUAUUGGUGAACCUUCAAGGAUUUGGACAAGUUGCUGAUUGUCAACCAAUAACAAACAUCUCCUUAUGGGACGCAUAACUCCGUGAAUUCACAUUUGCCAAACGAACAAAUCCUGUGGAGGAUUCGACGACUGCUUACCUCUGGAAUAGUCACUGAACCACCGAGUUUUAUAAAUGUUGAUUUAACGGUGCAAAAUACAUGAUGGACUGUGACUGAAUCUGUGAUAUACGACUAAAAUAAAUUAUAGUGUUAAUAAUAAAUACAAGUGCCAAACAACGAUAGUGCAAGAUAUUCUGAUUGUUUUAAACCUAGGUAGCUAUGUUGGAAAAGACUGAUGUAGAUAUUUACACAUCGAAUUCUUACUAUACUCUGUUUUUUUGUUGUUACAACUAAGUAUAAUUUUAUUAUUUUUGAUGUAUCAAUGAACUGGUUAGGUUUUAUUUGUACAGCUGCUUAAGUCACUGGUAGUUCCUUGCUUAGUUUUAGUCCUGAUAUGCUUGCAAUAUUUGAGUGUAGUUUUAUCGUUUGUUAUAUUGUAUACUUUGUUUCUUUAUGUUUUUGUGUACAUAUGCAAUAUUAUUUUUUGGAUUGUAUUGUUUUGUGGUCAUGAUAUUAAAAGACACAACGUUGAGAUUGA